UGCUGUGCGGGGAUUGGGGCGCGCGCUUGGGGGCGGAGCCUAAGGGGGCGGUGCCGUGUCGGAAGUCAAAGGUCGGUAAAUAGUGGUGAUGUCAUGUAGGCAAGAUGGCGGAAGGGGAGGACGUGGGGUGGUGGCGGAGCUGGCUGCAGCAGAGCUACCAGGCCGUCAAAGAAAAGUCCACUGAAGCUUUGGAGUUCAUGAAGCGGGACCUGACCGAGUUUACCCAGGUGGUCCAGCAUGACACGGCCUGCACCAUUGCAGCUACAGCCGGAGUGGUCAAGGAGAAGCUGGCUACGGAAGGCUCCUCGGGGGCAACAGAGAAAAUGAAGAAGGGUUUAUCUGACUUCUUAGGGGUGAUCUCAGACACCUUUGCCCCCUCGGCAGACAAAACCAUCGACUGUGAUGUCAUCACCCUGAUGGGCACACCCUCUGGCACAGCCGAGCCAUAUGAUGGCACCAAGGCUCGUCUCUACAGUCUGCAGUCAGACCCGGCAACAUACUGCAACGAACCGGAUGGGCCCCCGGAAUUGUUUGACGCCUGGCUUUCGCAGUUCUGCUUGGAGGAGAAGAAGGGGGAGAUCUCAGAGCUCCUUGUAGGCAGCCCCUCCAUCCGGGCCCUCUACACCAAGAUGGUUCCAGCGGCUGUUUCCCAUUCAGAAUUCUGGCACCGGUACUUCUAUAAAGUCCACCAACUUGAACAGGAGCAGGCCCGGAGGGACGCCCUGAAGCAGCGGGCUGACCAAAGCAUUUCCGAGGAGCCUGGCUGGGAAGAGGAAGAAGAGGAUCUUGAAGGCAUUGCACCGUCUCCAAAAGAGGCAAAGAUUCCAAAAGAGACCAAAACCUCCACAUCCCCUGAAGAUGGGCCUGGCCCCCAGAGCCCUCAUGAAGAGACUCCAGUGGAGCCCCCUGCAGAGGUGACCCCAUCAGAGAGCAGUGAGAGUAUCUCCCUUGUGACACAGAUUGCCAACCCUGCUGCUGCACCUGAGGCACCAAUACUGCCCAAAGACCUGUCCCAAAAGCUACUUGAGGCAUCUUUGGAAGAACAAAGUCUGGCUGAGGAUGAGGGUGAAACAGGACCUCCACCCCCAGUUCCCUCCAAGCCUCUCACCCCUGCAGGCCGAGCCAGCGGCCCAGAGCCCAGGCCGCCUGCCAGAGUAGAGACCCUGAGAGAGGAGGUGCCCACAGACUUACGAGUAUUCGAGCUGAACUCAGAUAGUGGGAAGUCUACACCCUCCAACAAUGGCAAGAAAGGCUCAAGCACGGAUAUCAGUGAGGACUGGGAGAAGGACUUUGACUUGGACAUGACAGAAGAAGAAGUGCAGAUUGCACUCUCCAAAGUGGACGCCUCUGGUGAGCUGGAAGAUGCAGAGUGGGAGGACUGGGAAUGAGGGGAGCCAGAGCAAGCAGCUCCCCCACCCACGGCACAUCCCACCUCCCUCGCUCGCUAAUCUCAGCCAGCCUUGGAAGACACUGAGAAUGCCCCCCCCAGGGGCCUCUGCCAUCUAGAAGUUGGUGCAGAUUCUGGUGGCUCCCUGCUGGCCCUCUGCUCUCACACCUUGGAAGAGCCUUUCUAAAUACAAAUCCAGAAGUCUGA